AUGGCCACAAUAAAAGAAAACGUCGAAGAGAAGGAGAUAGCCGGGGAUAAUGUCCCCAAAUCCUCUCUCUCGACCGAACCCAACCCCCAGGACUGGGCCGAGCAGUUCACCAGCAGGGGAGAUGAGUGGCGCAACAUCUACGAGCGAAAGCUCCUGCGCAAGGUCGACAUGCGCCUCAUGCCCACGCUGGUCAUCAUGUACCUCCUCAACUUCCUCGACCGCUCUAACCUGGCCCAAGCCCGCCAGGGAUCGCUCGAGGCCGACCUGGGCAUGUCCGGGACCGACUUCAACUUGGCGACGAGCAUUUUCUUCGUGGGCUACCUGCUCAUGCAGCUCCCCUCGAACCUCGUACUUACGCGGGCCCGGCCGUCGCUGUAUCUGGCGACGUCGUGCUGCCUCUGGGGGGUGGUGUCCACCUGCAACGCCGCGACGCACAAGUUCAGCCAUCUGAUCGUUGUCCGCUUCUUUCUUGGAUUCGUCGAGGCGCCGUUCUUCCCAGGGGCUGUGUUCCUCAUGAGUUCCUGGUAUACCCGUGCCGAAUUGACGCGCCGCAUCGCUUGGUUGUACGCGGGGAAUGCGCUGGCGAACAUGUUUGGCGGACUGCUCGGGGCGGCUAUCCUGGGCAGCCUUGAGGGUUCGCUGGGCCUCGCGGGAUGGAGGUGGUUGUUUAUCAUUGAAGGAGUUAUUGCCAUCGCCUUCGCCAUGCUCUCUGCCCUUCUUCUACCCAACUACCCGCACACGACCACCUGGCUCACGACGGAGGAGCAGGCAUUUGCCUCGUGGCGACUCCUGGAAGACAUCAACGAGGUGGACAUGUACAAGAACGCAUCCAUGUGGACAGGCGUCAAACUCGCCUUCACCGACUACCGCCUGUACGUCUUCGUGCUCAUGCAGCACAUCAGUCUCAUCUCGCAGAGCUUCCAGUACUUCUUCCCAACCAUCGUUGGGACCUUGGGCUACGGGAGAAUAACGACGCUGUGGCUGACGGCGCCUUGCUGGUUUGCUACGUUUCUCUUAUCUAUUUGCGUCACCCUGAGCUCGGCCAAAACAAGGGAUCGUUCGAUUCACAUCGCCGUCCUCAUGACAGUGGCUGCAAUUGGAAACGCAAUCGCGACGGCCACCUCCGUCAAAGGCGCACGCUACUUUGCCAUGUUCCUCAUGCCAAUGGGAUCCGUAUCCUCGUACCAGAUCAUUGUUUCGUGGGUUGCCAACUCCUUCCCUCGACCUCUCGUCAAGCGCUCGGCAUGCAUCGCCAUCUCCAACAUGAUAGGGAACACGGCGACCAUCUACGGCUCCUACAUGUAUCCCGCAUCGACGGGCCCCCAGUACAUCCCCGGCGGGACUACCAACACCGUGAUCUGCAUGGUCGUCGCCGCUUUGGCAAUAACACUGCGGUAUGUGCACAUAUGGGAGAACAAGAAGCUCGAGAGGGCAGAAGACGAGCAACGUGCGGCGGGAGAGACAGGCCAGCAAGGAACUGCCGAUGCAAGGUCGGAAGGCUUCAGGUACAUUUACUAG